AUGUUUUUGCUAAUCAGUGUUGUUCUCACCUUGUGGCUUUCCUGUGCUCAUGGGCAAGUGAAACCUUGUGAUUUUCCAGUAAUAAAACAUGGAAGGUUAUAUUAUGCAUUUAAAGGAUACUUUCCAGCAAGUGUUGGUCAACAGUUUUCCUAUCACUGUAAUCGGUAUUUUGUGACUCCUUCACAAAGUCCCUGGGAUUACAUGACUUGCACCCUGAAAGGAUGGUCCCCAGAAGUGCCCUGCCUCAGACAAUGUACUUUCAAUUAUUUGGAAAAUGGAUAUUACACAAAUUCCCAAGAAAAGUAUUUACAAGGUAAAACUGUAAGAGUCCGCUGCCAUGAUGGCUAUAGUCUUCACAAUAAUCAGAACACAAUGACUUGCACAGAGAAGGGCUGGUACCCUCCUCCAAUAUGCGUCCGCGUUGGUCUUCCCUGUGGACUUCCACCUUCAAUUCAGAAUGGUGCUGUACGUCACAAGAAAGACAGUUAUCAAUAUGGAGAAAAAGCCACAUACACCUGUAAUGAAGGAUUUAGGAUUUAUGGAUUUGCAUCUAUAAGAUGUUUAGGAGGAAAAUGGUCCCGUACACCAACAUGCAUAAAUGUUUCCUGUGUGAAUCCACCCAGAGUGAAAAAUGCAGUUAUACAAAGUGAGAGGCCUAGGUAUCAAAAUGGUGAGAGAGUACGUUAUGAAUGCAUUGGAACUUACGACAUUUUGGGGGACGUAGAUGUGACAUGUUUAAAUGGAACUUGGACAAAACCACCUCAGUGCAAAGACUCUCAAGGAAAAUGUGGGCCUUCUCCAACAAUAGACAACGGAGGCAUUACCUCACUCCUCACACCUGUAUAUGCUCUGCGGUCAAUUGUGGGGUAUCAGUGCCAGGCCUACUACGAGCUUCAGGGAAACAGAAACAAUGUGGGUGAGAAUGGAGAGUGGGCUGAGCCACCAAAGUGCUUGGAGACCUGUGAAAUUUCAGAAGAAAUGAUGAAAAAACAUAACAUACAGUUAAAAUGGACAACUUCAGAAAAACUUUACUCUAAAACACAGGAUCAUAUUGAAUUUAUAUGUAAACGUGGAUAUCAUCCAGUGACACCAUAUCGUACAUUUCGAACAGCUUGUCAGGAAGGAAAAGUGGUGUAUCCUCGCUGUGGGCAAAACACUGGUUAGAUGCAGUUGUAUGUGCGUGCAUUGAGAAUUUUCCAUUAUUAAUCCAAUUCUGUUUAUUUUAUCAAGUAUUGUUUAACUCAUUUUGAUUCACAAAUCAAAUGUUCUGGGGGCGAUGAAAUUAUACU